AUGCCCCCAUGGCGUGUAUCGAUAGACCGAUGUUUCGGCCCGGAAGAGCACUUGCUGUCGCCACCGCUCCGCUGCCCUGUCCAUGACAAUUCCCCGCUUUCGCCACCUUCGGAAGCAUCUGCGCAGAUGCAGGCUCUGCUUCAGGCCGAUUUCAUGGUGAGCCCGCUGAGCUUUCCUUGGGAUUGCAGCUCGCACACCAUGGCACACCAAGUCCCUCAAGUCCACUGCCGAACAUGGCCGAAGACACCCCGACGCCUGAAGAGACCCGACGCCGAAGGCCCCCGCCCUAGUUUCACCAUGGCCAGCAAUGCGGUUCAAGCUGCUGUGCGUCAAAUCCAACAGCAGCAGGCUGCCUUCGUGAAAAGACUGCAGCUCUUGCAGACCAACCAUGAGAACUUGCAAAAGACGGUAAAUGCUCCAAUUUCACCAGAAAAAGUUGCUUCAACUGGUUCAACUUCUACUGAGAAACAAGUCAGUCAGAACCGGAAAUCCAUGCGGGUGGACAAAUUGCUAGCUGACAAAGAGAAAGUUGGUUGGCGUGCACAGAUGACUUUGGACGCUUUGGUGGACAAGAGGCACGAAUGGCGCAAAGUGAUCCGGAACACUGUCAACUCCCCAGCUUUUGAGGUUUGCUCAAGCUUGGUGAUUGUGGUGAACUUAGUCAUGGUUGGCAUUGCAGCGGACCUAUACAUCAAUGGUCUUCCAUUUCCGUGGAUGAUUUCCAUUGAGAGGUCUUUCCUUUUCAUCUACACCGUGGAAAUCCUAUUGCGUUUGUUGGCACAAGGUCCGGAGGAAAGCUGUACUGAGCCUCCAGGACGCUCCUCCUCUGCCAUGUUGCAGGCCAGAUUCAGAGACCCAAAUGCUGUUAUGGCAGGUGCUGCUGAUGCUGGAAUGAAAGUGAAGCCUCAUCACCAAGAGCAACUGACCAUUUUGCAUAACUCCUUGAUGGAACUGAAUGACACCAAGACGGGUAACUUCAUCAACUUUGCAAGGAGUGAAGCAGAGCCGACCACCGAAGCGCUCGAGAAGAAACUUGCAGAUGAGCCAGACCUGGGUGCAGUGUAUGACUCGGCAGCAAGUGCGCUCGGGACCUUUGCCGGCCAUGUGGUCAACUUGGCAGAUGGACAGGUGAGUCCAAAUGCUUGGAAAGACUGGUUGGGAGCUGCCUGGAAAGGUGGUCUCCCUCUGUUAAUUCUUGGUGUAAGCGCCUACAAUCCUGGAGUGGCCAUCUUCUCCGGCUUCCUCAUGGCCUUCAUUGAUGAUGUCUUCCCUGGCCAGGCUGAUAACAAGCUUGAGAAGUUUCGAAGGUGA